AUGGAUUCCUCCUCUCACAAAUAUUACCAUGUUCAUGAAUUUGAACCAACGCAUCUCGUUGAUCUUUACUUUUCUUCCAAAACAGAAGAAGUACUUCUACAGGAGUCUGUCUUCGCCACCCUGAAAUUCCUGCUUAACGAAAAACAAAACAGCCGUAUUAAAGGAGAAGCUUUGCUUGAUUUUAGUGCAGGGUCUGUUGUUUUUCAACUAUUGGCAAUUUUUGAGUGCUUCAAAGAAAUAACGAUAUUAGAAUUCAAUGAUUUCUGCAUCGCUGAGCUGGAGAAAUGGAGAAACAGCCACGAGGAAGCCUACGACUGGUCUCAUGCAUCAAAGGCUUUGAUGGACCUGGAAGGAAAAAGUGGUGGGUGGCAAGAGAAAGAAGAAUUGUUGAAAGGGAAAAUCAAACGAAUUCUGAAGUGCGACUUUACAAAAGAUAACCCUACAGACCCAAUUGUGCUACCAAAAGUAGAUUGUAUCAUUAGUGCUUGGUUACUGGAUAUCAUAAGCCCAGAUAAAGAGGCGUAUAUUAGGAAUUUUAGAAAACUCUCUUCUUUACUUAAACCAGGCGGCCGCCUGAUCUUGAUUGGAAAUAUUAAUCAUUCAUUUUAUUUUAUUGGGGAGCACAAAUAUAAUUUCUUACGUUAUGAUGAAGAAUUUCUUAAAAAAACACUAAAAGAUGAGGCAUAUGUAAUUGAAUCUUAUGAAGCAAAUGACAGGAAAACAACAUCUCCUCUUUUGGAUCAUGAAAAAGUUGUGUUUAUCAAUGCGAUUAAAAAGAAGUGAAAUUAGAUUAAAAUUACACUUUUCUGAGUAA